AUGUCGACGAAGGUCGAAAAACGAUCAUCAUUGCAUGAUUUAAUUGAUGACAUUAUUGAAUCACCAUUAUCAUCUUAUCCAAUAUAUUCACGAUUAAAAGAUGGUGGCUCAAAAGCAUUUCAAAAUCGAAAUCAAACAAGUAGAACAUCAUUAUUUGAUAAAUCUAAAUAUGAAAAAAUCGAUAAUUUAAUACCAACAAUAACAAAUGACUUUCGUGAUCGAGCUGUGGGAACAUUACCAUAUUCAAAUUCGUCAACGAAUACAAUGAGUAAUGAAGAACGACGUAAAGAAAUCGAUUUUAUUAUAAAACAUUUGUAUGAUGGGAAAUUAUCAACAAUUAAUGAUGAUCGUGCAGUGUCAGAUGUUUCAGAAAAAUCCAUGUCGGUGUUGAGUAAAGGACCAAUAACCAAAACUACAACAACUACAGCAGCGAUUCUCAAAAAUGAUGACAGAAGGAAAAAUAGUAUUGAUUCUUUUGAUUUGCUCCCGCUUGAUGGUGAUAUUUUGACACUUGAACGAGAGUUACAAGAAAAAGAACUUGAUAUAAUUCAUUUACAUAAAGAAAUUCAAGAGUUACAACUUGAAAAUAAAUUACUAAAAGCAAAAGUACCAACCACUCAUUCCAAUGGUUAUGCAAGUAAUAAUAGUGAAGCGGAUGCACUUCGUCGUGAAAAAGAUGUUUUACAAAAUGAAUUACAUACGUCACAAGAAUUAAUUGCAAAAUUUCAACAACAACAAUAUCAAAAUGUUCUUGUUAAUCGUUCGAAUAAAGUCGAUGAAAUUUCUGCACAACAAAAAGAAGCAUUACAAAACAAAUUAAGAGUUUAUGAAAAACAGAUGCGCGCAUUAACCGAUGAAAAUGAUCGAUUAAAACAAAAUCUUCAACAGUCGGAAAGAGCGAUUGCACAAUAUAAAAAAGAAAAGGAAGAAUUACAACAACAAGUAACCGAAGCUAAAAAACGCAAUGAUGAAUUAUUUCAUCAAGAAUUUCAUUCGUUUCGAAAUGAUUUAAAAAUGCUUAAACAACGAAAUAAUGAAUUAUUUGAAGAAAAUCUUCAUUUACAGCAAGAAAAACGAGGCCUUAAUUUUCAUUCAUUCAAUCAGGAACAACAACCAAACUCAUCUUCGCCACCAAUUAAAAUAUCUAACUUAGAGCCGAAACAUUUAAAAACUACUCGAAGUGAAAGUCCAAAUAUGUCUGAAGCAAGCGAUUCAACGAAUUAUUUAGCAACAGUUAGUAUUGAUCGUUAUCAUCCUCGCUCGUCAACGUCCGUUCAUCGUUCAAUAACAAUAGAUGGAAAUAAUUAUUCUCGUACAAAAAAAUACAAUUCACUAAUUGGACAAGGCGAUCUGAGUCGAAAUAGUUAUUUAUCUCCUACGUUUAAUUCUGCUGAUCAAUCGUUUAAUUAUCGUUCAUCUAAAAUUCACCAUUCCACGGAGUGGAAUGAUGAGUCUACGCAAAAGAAUGAAGACAUCGCAAAUGAUGAUGAUGAUGAUGAUGAUGAUCGCCCAACUAUGGAUAAUGCAAAGCCACCAUUAUCAUCGCCGCAUAACUAUCGACAAACGCAUCCUAUUCAUCGUAGUGCAGCAUUUAAAGAAUUUCAACACAACUCACACCGAUCAAUGUAUAAUAAUACAAAUAAUCAAUACGAUAAUCGUCGUCAUAGUCGAAAAAGUACAGAAACGAUUGUUUCUAGACGUCCAUUUGCUCCAUCAUGUAUCAAUGAUAUUCAUGUAAAUGAUCUAGUAAAAUUUACUCGACCAGGCGGUAAAAUAAGUAAAGGCGUUGUUAAAUAUGUUGGAUCAUUACCGGACAGGAAUGAUCAAUAUCUUGGAUUAGAAUUAGAAGAUGAAGAAACUAAACAUGAUGGAAUCUAUCAAAAUAAACGACUGUUUCAGUGUAAACCAAAUAAAGGAAUAUUUAUUGCAUUUAAUAAAGUAAUUAUGGCAUGGACCGGAGCAUAA